AUGUUUUGGCAGCAGCCAAAGACCAAACGGUUGAUACAGCAGAGUGAGGUCAGAAAGGAGGUCCAAGGAGACACCAGAGAGGUCAGGAAGGAAGUCCAAGGUGACACCAGAGAGGUCAGGAAGGAGGUCCAAGGAGACACCAGGGAAGUCAGAAAAGAGGUCCAAGGAGACACCAGAGAGGUCAGGAAGGAAGUCCAAGGAGACACCAGAGAGGUCAGGGGUCAGGAAGGAGGUCCAAGGAGACACCAGAGAGGUCAGGGGUCAGGAUGGAGGUCCAAGGAGACACCAGAGAGGUCAGGGGUCAGGAAGGAGGUCCAAGAAGACACCAGAGAGGUCGGGAAGGAAGUCCAAGGAGACACCAGAGAGGUCAGGAAGGAGGUCCAAGGAGACACCAGGGAAGUCAGAAAAGAGGUCCAAGGAGACACCAGAGAGGUCAGGAAGGAAGUCCAAGGAGACACCAGAGAGGUCAGGGGUCAGGAAGGAGGUCCAAGGAGACACCAGAGAGGUCAGGGGUCAGGAUGGAGGUCCAAGGAGACACCAGAGAGGUCAGGGGUCAGGAAGGAGGUCCAAGGAGACACCAGAGAGGUCGGGAAGGAAGUCCAAGGAGACACCAGAGAGGUCAGGGGUCAGGAAGGAGGUCCAGUGAGACACCAGAGAGGUCCGAGGUAA